AAUUUCCCGAUCGAGCCAUGGCCCCAUAUAUAACCUCUCUCCCUCACUCCAAGGCCUGCUGCCUUCGUGUAAACCAACCAACCAACCAACCCAUCAUCCACUUCGCGCCUCCUACCCGACGCCCACUUCCCUUCGCUUCGCGCUGGCGCCAUACAUGGCCGUGCGGGCGCGCCACCUCUCCCACGCCUCCUUCUUCCCCCACGACCUCCACUCCUUCAGGUAACACUAGUCUCUUGCCCGGUUGCCUUCCUUCCUCGAUCGGCUGCGCGAUCGUUGUCCCGGGACCAGUCUCUGAUCGUGCACGCUCCGCCCGCAGGGCUAUGGAGGACGCGGCAGCGCCGGCGGCCGGCACGGCGUUCUUCAACGAGUGCGGCUGGAGCGCGCCGGCGGCAGGGAUCGGCAGCGCGACUGUGCCCGCCAGCGACUUCCCGCGCGGCGAGGUGGCGUGCGGCUACGGCUUCGGGCCGAGGAAACGGCCGCGCGUGGAGGCGGCGGCGGGUUUCUUGGAGGAUCGCAGCGCGGUCCUCCUGCCCCCGACGGCGGCGGGGGCGCAGGAGCUUGUGCCGGUGACAGCAGCGGGCAACGGGCAGGGAAGGGCGGCGGGCUCCGGCGCGGCGUCCACGUGCGGGAGCGUGGCCAAUGGCGCCGGCGUCUCGCCGUCGCCGGGACUCCUGCCGAGGCUGCGCCGCCACCAGGACGCCGAGCUCGACGCGCUCGUAACACUCGAGAGCGAGAGGAUGCGCGCGGCGCUGGAGGAGGCCCGGCGCAGGCACGCCCAGGCGCUGCUGGCGGCCGUGGAGCGCGCCGCGUCGGGGCGGCUGCGCGCGGCGCAGGCGGAGCUGGCGCGCGCGCUCCUCCGCAACGCGGAGCUGGAGGAGGAGGCCCGGCAGGCGGGGGCCGAGUGCCAGGCGUGGGCGGGCGCCGCCCGGAGCCACGAGGCCGUCGCCGCCGGCCUCCGCGGCGCGCUGGAGCAGCUCCUCCAGUCCCCCCGCGCGGCCGCGGCCGCGUCCGUGGGCGAGGCCGAGGACGCGCGGUCGUGCUGCUUCGAGGCGCCGCCACCGGCCGCGUCCAGGCGCGAGAAAGCGGCGCCGUGGUGCAGGUCGUGCGGCGGCGGCGAGGCGCGCGUGCUGCUGCUCCCGUGCCGGCACCUGUGCCUGUGCCGGGCGUGCGAGGCCGGGGUGGACGCGUGCCCCGUCUGCGCCGCCGCCAAGAACGCCUCGCUCCAUGUCCUGCUGUCGUGAAGCCCCCAGCAGCAGCAGCUGCAUCCAGCACACAUGGCGAACGCGUCGCUCAAUUUUCUAGCUUGAUCAGACAGGAUGCCAAUGAUCAGGAUUGCAGCCUGGAAACUGCGAAAGAGUGGCGUAAGAGCGAUAGCGAAUCAGCUUACACUGAGAGACUGGAAUUGUUCUUGCAACACCGUCUUCAAGAUGCCUGAACCUGUGCAACAGAGCGAAUGGAGUUUGGCAUCCAAGAGAAAUGGAAUCGUGACUGGAGGCUUUCGUUCAGUUUCAGUGAAGUCCGAUAGCAAUUUCCGAGCCGUCGGAAUCAACUGUUCUGACGAGAUGGAUCUGGCCUCCAAAUUGCAGCACCAAACUCUGCUUGAUAAAGUUGCUAUGUGUAGCGAGCGAACAUCAGUGUUCCGAGGAGUUCAGAUGACUGCAGCGAUCAAGCCGUUUGCACACGAAACGCAGCACAGAUUUCUGAACGGCAUAAGGGCCAAAACUGCUGCAGAAAUUGAGGCCGGCAAAGAGCCACAGAGUAUACAGGCAGAAAGCUCUGCAACGCUGUUACUGCAUAUUUCUACUCAAGAUCCAGCGUGUACCGCUGCUUCAAGUUCCUGGCAUGCGCACAUGAGGCAGCGUGAUCACGGCCGGAGCCGGCACGCGACGAAACACUGCUGGAGACGUUCCGAUUUCUUUGGCAUUGCGCUCAGAAUCUCAGAUUCAGAAAGGGGGCCUUGAUUAGGGGCUUUUGUCUCGGAACUGUUUCCUGGCCAUAUGUGGCCUUUGGCAGCAUGGCGAUUGCUCAUGGUUAAGACUCGGAGCGUUGGACAUUUGUGACGCAUCUAGGCUUUCCAUGCAUGUUCCUAUGUGUCGUCCUCAUCAUGUGUUCCUUCGUCGGCAACGACGUCUUUCCCCCCUUGUGAAACAUGGAUGAACAUUCUGGUAGUGGUCAUGAAUGAUGCUCAUCCAUCAUUUUAAAUGGAUGCAAGAUCGUCUGGAUUUGAUCAGAACAAAUUGGGUGUGCAUGCCAUCCAAAUAGGUGCAUCAUAUGUAAUGUGUCCACUAUUUGCAAGAUUAUUUUUGUACUUUUCGUUUAACCUUAGUAGAUGAAGUUGAGAGUUGUGAAAAUUGUGGAGACAGCUUGUCAUUGACUGACUAUCUCUGUUGAUUACUUAGGGUCUUGUUUGAAACCUUC